GCAAAGAAAUGAAUUAAAGCAUGCAUUACUAAGCUUAUUAAACAUUCUCUCUUUACCCCCUCCCCUCCACACUGUCUCUCCCUCUUUCCUUUCACUUCUCCUUAUUUCUCUUUAUCCAUGUAAUCCCCCUAUCAUUUGUUUUCCCUUCAUUUCUCUCCUUCUAUGUAUUUCUGUUUAUUUCUACAUCACUAUUCUUCUCUAUCCUCUCCCUUCAUUCCCUUUCUCUCCAUAUGUGUUGCCUUUAUUCCUAUCUUCCUUCCUCCUCAUGUGUCCCCUUUCCUUCUUCAUCUCCUCUUCCCUCCUUCCCUCCCUCCUUGUCUCCUCCAGGCCAUUGAUAAGUACUGCAGGGUGAGUGGAGGUUUCUCCGGGGUGAAGGACGUCUACUCCUCCAACCCGACCUACGACGACGUGCAGCAGAGCUUCUUCCUGGCCGAGACGCUAAAGUAUCUGUACCUGCUGUUCUCCAGCGACGACCUGAUGCCCUUUGACAGUUGGGUUUUCAACACGGAGGCUCACCCGCUGCCUGUGCUCCACCUGGGGAACAUCACCCUGCCUGGCAGCGAGCCGUCUCAGCAGUAAACAGGAAGUGUUGUUCUCCUCCACAGCAGCAGGGGGCGCCACCUGUCUGAACGACAAACAACCCACCAACACUGGACAAAGUUACAUUCGGCUCCACAGACUCUCUACUGCUUCUGGACUGCAGACAUCAACCAGAGGAAUGAUGGAGAGCCUCCCGAGGGGACGUAGAGACCCUCUCUCUCUUCUUCUAUGUUUUACUCUUUGACUCUCUCUGUCUUCUCUGAAAGACGGCGUUUUUUGCUGCUCAGCCUCGCGACUGGCUUGAACUGACUCUGAAGGACCGAGCUCUAAUUAAGGCUCGAUUUGUUUGUUUUUUUGUUAUUAUUUUUAGUGACCAAACUCUACUCCCAUACAGACUCAAGCUGAGGCAUUAUGGGUUUUCUGUGAAGGAUUACAGUCAGUUUGACACUGUGCUGAUGGAAGUGUGUGUUUGUUUUCCAGACUGACUGACUUGAGGACUUUACAGGGUCUGUUGAUGUGUUUUUUUGUUUGGCCUCAUGGGGACACAGGGUUGAAUGAAAGCCCUUCGCUUCUCCCUGAACCCUCCUCUUACUCCACUUCCUGUUUAAUCUUCAUCUGAUGGACUUUGACCUGGAACUAUUAGCAGCUCGUCACAUCAUCAGUGCGAGGGCGGGUUGUGUCUCCUCCUCUUCCUCCUUUUACUCCUCUAAUCCUCCUUUUUUCAGAACAGUGGACCAUUGUACGUGAACAGUAACUCCACCUGGACAGCAGCAGCUUCUCCAUCUUCUCUCUACACACCUCGACAUCUUUCCAGUUCCUCUCCCAGAUAUAAACGUCACCGAGUGCUGCUACAUUUGUUCAUUUUCCGCCACCUUUUUCCUGUCCAUUUAUCGCCUCAAUUUGUUCUCUUAUUUCUCGCCUUCUCAGAACACAUUUUUCAAGGAUCCAGUAAUGCUUCUGUAUGAGUGUCUGUUUGUGUGUGUGUGUGGGUGUGUGUGGGUAAGAUAACCUCUGCUGUAAAUCAUUGAUUUGUGCACUUUGUAUGGGAAGACUAUGAAGAAGAGGGAAAUAGAAGUGUAGCACUGAAAGAGCUGAAUAUAGGCUCCCUGCUGAGCUCCCAGCAUGCAACAGUCGCUCCGUAUAUCACGUAAAUUGUAUGAACUAUACCGUUCACAACCACUUAUUUUUUCAUUCCUGCUUUAAUUGUCUCUUCGCUUCUCAUUCCUUCUCUUCUCUUGUCCAUUGUAACCUUCAUUCUCCUUAACUAAAACAAAACCUAUUACACUCUUGAGGAUUUGUUUCUGAGGUUUUCCAGAAAAGAGGUAAGGCUAAUUUCAAAACAUUCAUUUAAUAAUGUCCAAGUUUUUGGAUAAUCUCUAAAUCACAGUUUGAGCUUUUGAGAAAUAUAUAUCACCUGUUAAAUGUACAUUAUAAAGCUGCAAGCAUGUCCCCUUUGGGUUUAUUGUUCAGUAAACAAUCAUGACGAAUAACUACUGUACAGAUUCAAGUCACCUUUUUUCGUCCCCAUCAUCAUAUCUUAAAAAAAAAGAAAAAAGAAAUCUGGCUCUCUUAUCUCUCCCGACACACAACUCUCUCUGUUUCAUCUGAAGCUGUGCGAGGGAUUUACUGCUUUGCUCAGAUAAUAGAUAAUACAGUCUGUUACUAAAUAUUACAUUAGAGAACAACCAAAACAACUCUGCUGAUUUUCAAUGUGUGCAUAAAGCAGUUAUGCGCCUCUUUUAAAAACACACGGGUGAAUUUCAUGCUAAGAAACAACUAGGGCUGUACCCGAAUAUCCGAAUAUUCGUUCGUUGGAGUACUAUUCGGGUUUCAAUUUCGUUAUUCGGAU